CCUGAAGUACCCGCCCAGCUCAGCGCCCCUUACCAGGCGCAUGCGCAAAACAGGGGAGGUCCGGCAGCCGGCCGGGGCCCUAGCUAUCUGCACAGUGGUUAAAGUCUCGGAAAGGCCCGGCUCCCUCGCCCGGUGAGGAGAUCCCUGGCAGCGGCCAUCUAGGAUUACCCUCUCCAAAGACCAACGCGGGAAAGAGCCGCUGUCUCCAGCGCGUUUCCGUUUCCAACCUGAACUUCCGGUUCGUUAGCCGGUUCCGGGCCCCGUUUUUCACUUCCGGUCGCCCUCGGUUCCGCUGCGGCUGGUUCCUGCGUCCACUGCUGCGGGUUCCGCCGCGCUCCAGGUGUCUUUUUCUGAGUGAAAGCUGCUUGAUCAUAUGUUUCAAGGAUGGCCCUCCCUAUCAUCGUAAAAUGGGGUGGACAGGAAUAUUCAGUGACCACACUUUCAGAAGAUGAUACUGUGCUAGAUCUCAAACAGUUUCUGAAGACCCUUACAGGAGUGCUACCAGAACGCCAAAAGUUACUUGGACUUAAAGUUAAAGGCAAACCUGCAGAAAAUGAUGUUAAGCUUGGAGCUCUCAAACUGAAACCAAAUACUAAAAUCAUGAUGAUGGGAACUCGUGAGGAGAGCUUGGAAGAUGUCUUAGGUCCACCUCCUGACAAUGAUGAUGUCGUUAACGACUUUGAUAUUGAAGAUGAAGUAGUUGAAGUAGAAAAUAGGGAAGAAAACCUACUGAAAAUUUCUCGCAGAGUAAAAGAGUAUAAAGUGGAAAUUUUGAAUCCUCCCAGGGAAGGAAAAAAGCUUUUGGUACUAGAUGUUGAUUAUACGUUAUUUGACCAUAGGUCUUGUGCAGAGACUGGAGUAGAAUUAAUGCGGCCAUAUCUUCACGAGUUCCUAACAUCUGCAUAUGAGGAUUAUGACAUUGUUAUUUGGUCCGCAACAAAUAUGAAGUGGAUUGAAGCUAAAAUGAAAGAGCUGGGAGUGAGCACAAAUGCAAAUUAUAAGAUUACCUUCAUGUUGGACAGUGCUGCUAUGAUAACAGUGCAUACUCCAAGGAGAGGAUUAAUAGAUGUAAAGCCUCUUGGUGUUAUAUGGGGGAAGUUUUCGGAGUUUUACAGCAAAAAAAACACCAUAAUGUUUGAUGACAUAGGAAGAAAUUUUCUAAUGAACCCACAGAAUGGACUAAAGAUAAGGCCUUUUAUGAAAGCGCACCUAAAUCGAGAUAAAGACAAAGAACUUUUAAAGUUAACUCAGUACCUCAAGGAGAUAGCAAAAUUAGAUGACUUUUUGGACCUAAAUCACAAAUACUGGGAAAGGUAUCUGUCAAAGAAGCAAGGACAGUAGUUACAAGCUGUACUAGCAGUUAUUGAGGAUACUUGAGAUCACGAACUUCUUGCUUUUAUGCUAGAAAUCAUUAUGAUAGUGCUGGACACUGCAGUGAAUAUCAGACUGCUUAUACUUGGUCUUCCAGUUUUUUGUAAAUUUAAUUUUAUAUUUUUUGAAGAUCAUAGCAAUAUGCUAAAAAUAUCCUUUUUUCCCCUAUAUGAAUAUACUGUUACUCUUAAAAAAUAUUUUCUCCAGCAUUGAGUACUGAGUCCCCCCGCCCUCCACACACACACACACAAGUCGACAAAAAUGUAUACUCAACAAUGUCAUUUUGUGGCUUUGGAAACAAGUUAUGUCUUGUGUUUUUGUCUCCUUGUGUUAUUGUCUGACUAAAUCUAAGACCAAAUCCAUCUUGAAACUACUGCUUUUCCCUUUAAAACCAAAAAAAAUUUUUUGUGUGUAAGGAAUCUAGUUUGGUAUGCUUAAAAUCACCAAGAAUUUUUUAUUCUUUUGUCAUAGACACAGUUUCUCUUUUUAUUGUGCACUAUUUACAUCUCUAAAUUUUGAGCUGUCUCAGCUUGGUCUAUAUGUGUGUCUGUGUUCUUUGAGUAAAACUGGAAAACGUCAGCUGUGAUACAAGUGUGUCUCAUAGUAUGAGAAAUAGAAAACAUAAGACUGAAGAAUAAAAACUAAGGAACAAAAGUUAUUUUUUUGGUGGCUAAGUAGAAGCACUUCUGCCUAAAACCAUUGUCAUAAAAGCAAUUAAAGGCAAUACAUUUUUAAGGGGACAUCUCACUGGUUCAGCCCUAGAAAGCAUGAACAAAGAGUUUUUGUUCUGUUCCACCUAUAUCUUAUCUAAGUGCAAACACUGUGUCUCAGUGAAAAUAUUUAGCCAUAAGAUUAAAAAAAAUUAUUUGCAAUGCUUACGCCUGCAGAUAUGUAAUGUGACCACUGUUUUGUCUUGACAGUAUUGCUUUAUACAGUUCUUGUAUUUGAAAGGAAUCUGACCCUUUCAAAUAAACUUGGUGUAUAUUGUUCUUACGGGACUAUUUCAGUGGUGUAAAUAAUAAAUACUUUUUUUUAAAACGU